CUUAAACCACUACCGUCAAGAUGCAUUUGAUGUACACUCUCGACGACCAGGGGAAGCGAGUCUAUACCCUUAAAAAAGUACUCAACGGGCAGGUGACAAAGUCUGCACACCCAGCCCGAUUCUCACCAGAUGAUAAAUACUCCAGACACCGAGUCACUCUCAAAAAACGAUAUGGAUUGCUACUGACACAACAACCCGAGCCGAAAGUGUAAAAGUUCUUUGAUAACGAGUUUUGGCGAAUGGCGUUGAAUCAUACCUGUUGGGUGGGAGAAAUGUCUACGUUAUCUAGUGGUAUCCAUAGUUCUGGAAAUACAUUUCUUGUUUGAAUACGA